UGUAUACUGUAUGUAUUGCAUAAAACAUCUGCAAAGUAUAUGACGCUGUGUGUGUAUUACUGUACUGCGGCGCGCCACCGCCCCAAGGUGUCGCUGUUGCUGCUCGAUCGUCGCAGUGAGUCACGAGAGAGGAGCCGGUGCGGAGCUGCCACUGGAGGACAUGAUUGACUGACUCAUUGAGGACGAGCGCUUGGUCGAGGACAUGGUUUCUUAGAAGUUGUUUCCUGUGUGAAAGAGGAGCGCGGAGUCACUUUACUUUUUCUUUUUUCCCUGAAGUGGAAUUAUUUAGUAAUUUAUUAUAUUCGUGGUGUUUCCGCGGUGGGUUUUCCUGUCCUCAGUCCUGCUGCUCGUGAAAAGUGACUUGAGGAUAUCCAAGCAAUUGCAAAACUAUGUUACGAUUUACUGCAGCGCCUUUGUUUGUUCAUUGCCGCGGUUUACGGCGUUGUGCCAAAGACGGCAGACCUCGCUGCGCUCCGAGCUUCAGCCAAGCGGAGAACAAGCUCGCCGUGGACUCUUUUCAGCAGCAUUCUGCGGAUGUCCAGAAGAUCCGCAAGCUCGAAGGAUGGGUGUUGUUCCAGAGCACCGCGUAUGUGGAAAACGUAGCUGCCCUCCUGCGGGACUUGGGAGCUGACGGGAAGCUGAUAGCCCAUGUCUUGGAGCAGUGUCCCGAAGCAGUUCUGUGUUCUCCUGAGGAGGUAGAAGCUCAGACGGAGCUAUGGACGUCCGUCUGCUCCAAUAAGAACGAGCUUCUUAAGAUUAUUACAAUGUUUCCCUCUGCCUUCUUCACCAGGAGUGACCACACGAACCAGAUGGCAAACAUUCGGUACUUUCGGGGCAUUCGCUUGAAUAAACGCAUCAUCAGGAAGCUGAUGGCCGCCGCACCGCAAAGUUUCUCCAAUCCAGUGGAGAAGAACCAUGAGAUGAUCCACACACUAAAGGAGACCUACAUGAGUCUUGGGGGCAGUGAAAGCAAUAUGAAGAUCUGGCUGCAGAAAAUAAUCAGUCAGAACCCUUUCAUUCUACUCAAAUCUCCACGAUCAGUAGAGGACAACGUAAUGUUCCUUCGAGACAGAGGCUUCUCCUCUAAAGAGCUCCUCCAGCUGCUUUCGAGGUUAAGGGGCCUUAUCACAGAGCUGAACCCUGACAGCGUGCAGGCGACCCUAGAAUAUUGCCAGGAGGCCCUGCAGUGCUCACAGAAUGAAUUGAAGGAGAUUAUUCUCAAGUGUCCCAGUAUUAUCUACUAUUCUGUUUCUACUCUAGCAGAUCGUUUAAAUGGACUUUUGAAAGCAGGUGUUAGUUUGAGUCAGAUUAAGAGCACACCUACUAUCCUCGAGCUGACCACACAAAUUGUAAUGUUCCGGAUCCAGAAACUGCGGUCUUGCGGCUAUGACGUCAGAACGGGAAGUCUGGAAAGUGUCAAUGGAACAAAAAAAGACUUCGAAAAGAGUUAUGGCAGAUUGCAGCUCCGUGAGGAGAGGCCCCUGUUUAACCCUGUUAUCCCCUUAAAAAUCAAAGAUGAUUGAUUAUUAGAUGUUUCAUGUGAAGUAGAACAUGAUCAUAUCAAGUCUAAGUUAAAGUAUUUGCUUUAUGUGUCUGAAUAAAAUAUUA